CACGCACGCCAACGGACAGACCUGCAAGCUGACUUCCAGCUCAUUCACAGCUCCACUGAACUUGUCUCAUGCUGCCGUUUUUUUUUUGACAGAGGAGAAGAAGAAACACACACACACACACACACACACACACACACACAGACACAGACACACACCUCCGUGGGAGAGCUCAGAUAAAGACGUGCCUUCAUUCUUGGAGUGGCGCUGUCACACAUUGAUAUACAAAUACGCAUUUAGACAAAUACACAGGCACAGUCAAGGAGCCAUCACACACACACACACACACACACACAUUUUCCCACAAAUUGACACACUCACUUCUUACACACACACAGGGGAGCAAACAGUCUCUCUCUCUCUCUCUCUCUCUUGCUCGCUCAGCUGCUCGCUCUCUCUCCCCCUCACCCUCUCUCUCUCCCUCCCUCCCAUCCACACACACACACACACACACACACACACACACACACACAAAACACACACACACACACACCACUACAGUAUAUCAGCGAGUGACUAGCGGAGAGCCAGAGGGGAGUGCAGAAAUGAAUGUGAAGAUCCUGACGCUGGUGAUUGUGCUCUUGGUGUCUCUGCUGUGUUCUGCCAGUGCUGGUCCUAUGGCCUCCGCGGAGCAUGGCAGAGAGCUCGAAGAGGCAGCUACAGUGAGAAAAAUGGUCCAGCAAAACCCUGCGCGGAGCGGUCAGAGCCACAGACCAGCCGGCUGGAAGAGGAGACGCCCACGGCCACGUCUUUCCCACAAGGGGCCCAUGCCGUUCUAGAGCAAGGCACUGCUUUGAGCGCCCUCCCAAAGGUUCUGAUUUCUAUGCUCUUCCUUUGCCUUGGGGGGCCUUGCAACGAAGGGCCUACGCUUGCCCAGCCUGAAGAGUGAUGUCCAUAGCACCUGCUGGUUCUUCAAGCAACUCUGUCCACAAAAAAAAUCAGGACAAGCCGCUCACCCUCAGCUCUAGGAGGAAUUGGGGGGCAGGGAAAGGGGGUGGGGGGAGUAUGGAGCCCGAGUUAUCAGACUCUAUUUCUCUGUCUCUCUCUUUCUCUUACUCUCACUCCCUCACUACUUAUCUAUCUCUGUCUUCUCCCAAGUGUUUUCAUUUUUUUUUUUCAAUUUUUACUAUCAUUUGCUUAAUAGAGCCCAAUCACAGCAAACUCCCUGAGUGUCUCACACACUUUGCAUGACAUGUGGUGGAGAGGGAGCCCGGUCACAACAAUCUGAGUCUUAAAGCAUCUGUCACUUCUCCACGGUGAGCACGGUGUGGUUUUCCCAUCUCUCAGAUCCAAGGUUACUGCAGCUACCGCGGAUUUCAUUGCUGUGUAGCUACUUAGUGGCUUUACUAGCCUGAGAGGGCAUCGAUUAUGUGAAAGGGCAGUGUCAGUUUUAAUAGUUGACAAUAACCAUUAUCAAGUUCAAUUAUGAUACUCUGGAUGUCUGCUGCGAAAAAGAAGUUAAAGGUGUUUAAAAUGGAAGAGAAAGACCUUUGAAUGGCAUUAUAUCCAUCGCUUAAUCAUCAUUAUUAAUGGUGCUUUGUACAAAUGAUAGUACGUCCACAUGCAAAAUUAAGUUGGACUGAAAAGAGAGCACAUUUUGUCAAAACAAUCUAUUUAAAAUAUUCUGUAAUCCAAAGCUAUUUUGGUGUUUCUGAACUCAUUAACACCUUGGGGGUUUCACUGACACGCUCAAGGUUACUGUAACAUGUCCCACCUUGGAUGAUUCCUUUGACCCCAAAUCCCAAUCCCAAUCCUGUCCCCAAUCCCCAGCCUUCUCACCACAAUGCUGCCCUGCGCAGCUGCUCUACACGACUGUUAACUGGCAGAGGCGGUCUGCUCCACCGACAGGCUGCCUUGCCUUUUAAUGAAGUGCCAAAUAAUAACCUUCUCCACAAUGCUGCCAGGAACGAAGGAAUGAAAGGUUAGGGACAAACACAUUACCUCUUGUUUGAAGUCUUGAUACACUGACACAUUAUGCAUUAAAAAAUUUUGCGAACAAAAAAUCCCCCGUGAGACAAUGUUAGCGAGGAGGACAGUUAAAUUAGACCAAAAAAAAAGAAAAAAGAAGCAAAUAUCAGCUCAGUUAAUAUGCCACCAUAAUCAGCCUACCACUAGUGCUCUGGCUGUUUCAAUAUUCAGCAUAAGGCUGGUUUGACCCUUUGACCGAAAUCUUUCACUAACGAAAUGCUAUGCCUUUCCAUCAUACUGGAAUAUAUUACUGUUUAUGUUUAUUUCUGUGUUGAAGUCGUUUUAUUUCUUUUUCUCAGGGUGCUGUGAUAGAGGCUUGUACUAGAGCAGUCUAUUUUGUGCAUUUAUUUAACAAAACACAAACAUACAGUACAUUUAAAUCUUAUAUGAGCAUAUUUUCGUAUAUUCCCUUACUCUCCCUCUAUGUAUUCACCUAUAUAGCCAUGUAUCCAGAUUCAGUCGUUUCUAGUCAUGAUCCUACAUUAUGUUGGGUACAGUUGCCUUUCUAGUCUGCCCUACCACAGCACAGGUGGUCGUGGCUUUGAUCAUUACGCUCAUUAAAUCCUGGAGUUAAUCUUUCUCAGAUGGAUCUCCCCAAGGCUGGCCGGGGCCACUUAGUCUGAGCUCAUUGUUAAAUUGGCUUAGACUGAAACCACACCCUUCCCCCCUUUUCCAAUCCUCAAACCCCUGCUGAUUCAGUGUGUAAUCAUGUAACAUAUUAGGACUGUAACCUGUAGAGCAGCCACCUUGCAGUCGUUCGUUGUGUUUUAGGUGUGCAAAGCAACUUGCCAGUAGUUGUUUUUCAUAUGAUUUUAGGUGAAAAUCUGAUUUCAAUCCACUGCGAUUCAAUCAGCAAACACACAUAUUUCACCACAUAAGCAACUGGCAGGUUAACCUAGAUUUGCCAACACCUUUUCCCUCUCGCCAUGUCUCAUGCAAAUAUUAUAAUCAAAAGCGGAGUCUUCUCAGUCCCAGCAUGAGAAGCUUUUAUUAAGAGGGCAUCUAAAAUCACAGUGGUAAUCCACCCAGCCAAGAUCACCUUGAUUAAAAAUGUAUUAAAUCCUAGGGCACUGUGAAGAGUAAUAAUUUCAGUUCCACCAUUAUUUUUUCAUAACCUCUCAGACAGAGAUGUAGAUUUCAUUAAUGCUCCUCGGGAGUGAGACAGCUUUGCUGAGGAUGUCUCAUGUAUUAUUGGGGAAGAUAGUAGGAAGAUAUGAGCUGGGGAUGGAAGUUCAAAGCCGUUGGAGUUUGGAUGCUGGAAGUAGACUGGGUCAUGACAAGGGGUUCAAAUCAAUAUUUCCCCAUCUCAGAAGUUAUUGUUAUGGAGCCGAGCAACGUCUGUAUCCGCACUGUUCUUCAUGAAUGUAUCCACACCAUCUGCACCAGCCAUGCUGCCCUUUCAGAGACCAGAGCAAACCAAUGUUUAUGUAAACUACUCUUUUUAAUCUUGGUCUGGUUAUCAGUUGAAUCCAAAAAAUCAAAAGCCAAAAAAUCCCACUGAUCCAAAGCCUCCGUUGUCAACUACUCCCAACAAAUAGACGUGGCUUUGCUCCAAGACUUCUCUGUGUGGGUUUGCAAAGGCUGCACUUUUGCAAUUCCAUUAUGCUGCUGGAAAAAUACACCCUGAAAACAAGAGUCUCUUGGUAUGGAAUGGUUUUCCAGUGUAUUGUGACAAUUUUUUUGUCUGAUUCUUGUCUAGCUGGUUGUCCAAAGCUUACUUUUUGAAUACAGUGUGAAAAACUGUAUCUUUUGUGGAUGUAACAAAAUAGAAAAGUAGUCUGCAGCACAAUAUGUCGUGGACACGUAAAAAGCUUUCAGGCAUUCUUUUCUUGUAGAUCACAGCCCACAGCCCUCCCCUGCACAUCAGGUUAAUGGGCCUUGUGGUGUGGAAGGACAAGCACGUCCAGGCUCAAACUGAAAUGGUAAACCAAUACAUUAUGCUCGGGGAGCAAAACCAUUUUCCUUAAUGGGCUUUUCCAGCAAGGCUUACACAAGAGAAACGAUUCCUAUCCUCCCAAUGUUUCCUCUCCAGUUCCUCUUCUCUGUGACCAUCACAAGGCCUGAGUAAUGUUCCUAUGCACUUGUUAGCAUGUUUUCCUGGUAGAAAAAAACGUUUGUUCUAAGAACUUGCCCCUUUGUGUUUAGUUCUUUUUGUCCAAAUGCAUUUGGCUGGGAGUGUGUAAGAAGAGGGGAUGAGCAGAGAGAUAGAUUUGCGUUACUGGUGGAGAAGAGAAUAAGCUAGCAGCGGGUUUUGAAACAUUAGCUUAGCCAUUGAUCUCUGUUUCCCGAUAGCUAUAGACACAACAAUCACACAAAAUGAUGAACACAAGAUUUUUAUGUUUUGUUUUUUUAUCCUACUGUCAUUGUAAACUCUGUUCUCUGCCAGAUAAAAUUCCUUUAAGAUGACAGACAAACUCAAACAUUUCACUCAUUGUUGAAAUGGAAACAGAGUUGGCAAGCAGCACAUUCCAUGAUUUUACUUUGUGAAUCUCUAAGCCCAUCAAACUGUAUCAUGUUGGCCUUCAGAGUGGGUGUCUGCAAGAUCAAGUGGCUGAUAUUCAAUCCAAUGGAUUCACACACUUCCAACUGGCUGGGCAAUCCAGAGGAUAACUAGAUUUAAUCUCCCAUGGGAAAUGACUAAGAUCUGUCAUUAUCUUGGAGCCUCAAAAAGAGACUUCCUACACCCAGAAUAGAUCCGGCCCCUCCUGCCUUGAUUACGACACAUUCUCCAUCUAUGUAAUCACUGUGUCCAAGAUCAGCUACAUUCAGAGCAAUCUGAGGAGAGAUGCAGUCUGUAGGCUUUACACACCAUCGCAACAGUGUUACUAGAUCUCAAGCAGAUACCAUUUUAAAGGAAAAUGUAUUACUCCUGAAACUUAUAUUCUGUUUAUGGUGUGUGCUCAUAUUACUCACCAGGCCAAAUGUACAGUCCCUGUCUCUGUUUUGAUGUUGAACUGGGCAAAAAUAAAUGACAUAAAUAAAUAAAUAAAACAAGUGUAUCAGAAAUGGUUGAAAUACUGUGUACAUAUUUGAACUUUUGGUUUCUAAUUUAUAAAAGAUAAGCUUUAGCUCUUGGAGUACUUAUUUUAUUUUUUCCUUUCAUGCGUAGCUUUGUGUUUUUAUUUUCUAUUUCUGUAAAGUGUGUAAAUAUAUCUUUAUGAUAAUAAGUAAUAUUAAAAAUCUU